GCUAUUUACACAAAAAAAGCAGAGACCGAGCGGCCUUGGUUGUGAUUAACAAAGGUGGACGUCGCUGCUCCCGAAACUUGUGUAACUGGCGAAGAAGACGGCUAAAAAAUUGCUGCUUGUAAACCCACAAAAAGGCUGGUUUUAUUUUCACUGUGGCUGUCGAAAGGCGGGGAAUACGAAGCGACGUGAGAGUCAAAUCUACUAAAACAUUUUGGACUCGUUGAAGCAAAAACGGGGAUUACUACAAAGCCAGUUUGUGUUGCUGUGACUGGUCAGCGAUAGUACAUGGAUUAUCUGUGUUUCCGUGCACUGUGCUGUAAAGGACCCCCGCCGCCGAGACCAGAGUAUGAUGUGGUGUGCAUUGGACUGACAGGUGCUGGAAAGACCAGCCUGCUCUCACGCCUCUGUAGUGAGGGCAGCGACGGAAUUGUUCCUACGACAGGUUUCAGCAUCAAAGCAGUGCCAUUUCCAAAUGCCAUCUUGAAUGUAAAAGAACUUGGAGGAGCCGACAACAUCAAGAAAUAUUGGAGUCGUUACUACCAGGGGUCACAGGGUGUAGUCUUCGUAUUGGACAGUGCCUCAUCAGAUGAGGACCUCGAGGCAGCGCGACUCCAUUCAGCCCUCCAGCAUCCACAACUCUGCACGCUACCUUUCCUCAUCCUUGCCAAUCACCAGGACAAGCCUGCAGCAAGAACACCAAACCAGGUCAAGAAGUACUUCGAGUUGGAACCGCUGGCCCGGGGGAAGCGCUGGAUCCUCGAGGGCAGCACCACCGACAACAUGGAGGCAGUGAAAGAGAGUUUCGGUCAGUUCAUUUGCCUGUUGGAGGACAAAGACACAGAGCCUGCAAGGAUAUGAUGCUAAUGCUGCUAAGAGACAUUAGCAGCUAACGAGAAGGAUACACCACAUCCUGCUGGUUCCCAUGUACACACACUCACGCACAGACACAAACAUGUACACACAAGCAAAUACAGCAGAUGUCGGCCUCUCUCUUUGAGAUGUGUAUUGUAUGUUAUUAUCCUUUCACUGCACUCUCAUUUUUUUAAAAUUGGAAGAGUGUGCACAACCACGACAACCUGCCAGAGAAGAACCUCCAUUAAACCUGUCUGAUGUAAAGCAGUUUGUCAAGAAAAAAAUCGUUGAACUUUGUCAGAAGUGGAAAUCUUGUUUACUACUGUUUGUGCCAUUGUGAUCAAACUAAUGGCAUCUAGGGACGUAUGGCAUUCCUUCAGUCAUCAUCGGACACUAACACAUACAUUCUCCCUCUCGCACAGACACACACACACACACACAGACACACACAAAGUGGAGCCUAGGUUGUCUGUAGAUAUGUUUAACAUCUCCACUAAUUACUUUAGCGGAUGUUUGGGUGGGCACGGUUGAUGUUCUUUCCACUGAGAAGUACUGUACUGCUGUCAAGUGUGCUUCUCUCUUUGACUUGCUAACAACGAAUGUCGUUGUGUGAUUGGAGUACAUAGUCCAAAGCCUCGUGUUAUGUACAGUAGUUACAUAUCGGUGUGUCACACCAUGUCUGAAUAUCUAAUCUGAAUAUUGUAGUCUGAGUAUCUCAUGGAGUAUUUUGUACAGUACAUGCAAACAAGCAUAAUGCUGUGUACCUUCCUGUGUGGCCAUACAGGCGUACUACUAAUCACGUGACUAAGUGCUAGGUGACUUUAUGGAGACGUGAGUCCAUUCGGAGUAAGUGGGAACAAAUCUGAAUGCUUUUAUAAAUGUGCAACUUAGGAUAAAUUUUAUAGCUCUGUAUGUUAACCUUGUAGAGCUACAUUCAGAUUACAACGAUUGUUUUUUAAUAUAUAUAUCAUACCACACUUUCAAUUCUUUCAAAUCAAUGACCAAAAAAUUUAAAAAUUAAAAAA